UAGCUCCCACCGCCGACAUCUUGCCUCAUACCGGAGGAGACGGGAGAGUCCGGUUUUCACGGUCAAACCCGCCGAUGAAGUGACGGCAGGGCAGGGGCGAUUCUCCGCGAGGCAGCCCGGACACACAGCAGCAUCUCUGCGGAGCGGUGACUCUUCGUUAUGAUCGGCACUGACUGACAGGCGUUGGCCAUGAUCGGAGGACUCUUCAUCUACAACCACAAGGGGGAGGUGUUGAUCUCCAGGGUGUACCGCGAUGACAUUGGGAGAAAUGCGGUGGACGCAUUUCGAGUUAACGUCAUCCACGCCCGGCAGCAGGUCCGCUCUCCGGUCACCAACAUCGCCCGGACCAGCUUCUUCCACGUCAAACGCUCCAACAUCUGGCUGGCGGCCGUCACCAAGCAGAACGUCAACGCCACCAUGGUGUUCGAGUUCCUCUACAAGAUGUGUGACGUCAUGUCCGCCUACUUCGGCAAGAUCAGCGAGGAGAACGUCAAGAACAACUUCGUCCUCAUCUACGAGCUGCUCGACGAGAUUCUGGACUUCGGCUACCCUCAGAACUCAGAGACAGGAGCUCUGAAAACCUUCAUCACUCAGCAAGGCAUCAAGAGCCAGCACCACACCAAAGAGGAGCAGUCUCAGAUCACCAGUCAGGUGACGGGUCAGAUCGGCUGGAGGAGAGAAGGAAUCAAAUACAGACGCAACGAGCUGUUCCUGGACGUGUUGGAGAGCGUCAACCUGCUCAUGUCGCCGCAAGGUCAGGUGCUCAGUGCUCACGUCUCAGGUCGGGUGGUGAUGAAGAGUUACCUGAGCGGGAUGCCUGAGUGUAAGUUUGGGAUGAACGAUAAGAUCGUCAUCGACAAGCAGGGAAAAGGAGGAAGCUCCGAGGAUGGCGGCAAGAGCGGUAAACAGUCGAUCGCCAUCGAUGACUGCACCUUCCAUCAGUGCGUUCGUCUCAGUAAGUUUGACUCCGAGCGCAGCAUCAGCUUCAUUCCUCCGGACGGAGACUACGAGCUCAUGAGGUACCGGACCACCAAAGACAUCAUCCUGCCCUUCAGAGUCAUCCCUCUGGUCCGAGAGGUCGGCCGCACCAAACUGGAGGUCAAAGUUGUCAUCAAGUCCAACUUCAAGUCAUCGCUGCUGGCUCAGAAGAUCGAGGUUCGGAUCCCCACCCCCCUCAACACCAGUGGGGUUCAGCUCAUCUGUAUGAAGGGAAAGGCCAAGUACAAAGCCAGUGAGAACGCCAUCGUGUGGAAGAUCAAGCGCAUGGCGGGGAUGAAGGAGUCUCAGAUCAGCGCUGAGAUCGAGCUGCUGCCAACCAACGACAAGAAGAAGUGGGCUCGACCUCCGAUCUCCAUGAACUUUGAGGUGCCCUUCGCUCCUUCGGGUCUGAAGGUUCGGUACCUGAAGGUGUUCGAGCCCAAGCUGAACUACAGCGAUCAUGAUGUCAUUAAAUGGGUUCGUUACAUCGGACGCAGUGGCAUCUACGAGACACGCUGCUGACCCCGCCGCUGUAGCCGGGGCUGAUGGGAAAGAAACGCACCCCGUGACAUCGCUGUUGUUCUCCUCUCCAGAUAUGUGUGUGUGUGUGUGUGUGUGUGUGUCCUGAACUGUGACGUCAGUUUCACAUUCCUUCUGUUGGUUAACAUGUUGUUCAGUUUUCUGUAUUUCAUCCUGAGUUAUUCCAAAUGUGGGGGCACAGAUCAACCAAUCACAUUCCAGAAAACACCCCGGAGGUCCUCACAGCUCCAGAACUUUGACCUCAAUCCGCAAACCCCCCCUAAACUCCAUGAACCUGACACAUAGGAGGUCAGGUCUGAGAUUGACCUGGUUUAACAAAGUGAUCAAUUCCUUUUUGUCAGUAGGAACUAAGCAGACCAACAGAGACCUGCAGCUGAUCAAGAACCAGUUUUCAAACCACAAGGGCCUGUAGGAAGAGUUAGACCAGAGUCCCCCUUUCUCAUAGUCUGUCUGAUCGGUGUGGUUACCCAGCAUGCUUCACUCUCACUCACUUCCAACAUGUUUGUUUUUUUGAUUUAUUGAAGGUCUGAAUUUAUUUCUGGUGAAAAUAUUUGUUUUAUUUUUUUACUGUUUUGUAUCCAGAUGUGUCAGUUAAAAGAAGUUAAUCAGUGAUGUUAUGAAUCUAUGUAAAGUGUGUGUGUCUGUGUGUCUGUGUGUGUGUGUGUGUGUGUGUGUGUGUGUGUGUGUGUGUGUGUGUGUGUGUGUGUGUGUGCGUGCUGUCUGAAGUUAUUUUGCCAAAUUUUCUGUUUUCUUAAUAAAGUCAGUCAGACUGA